UUCAAAACUCACUUUUUGUAUUUAGACAUUUGUCAUUUGUGGAUCUGUGUAAUAUUGUUAUAAGUUAUGUUGUGUAAUAACUGUGGAAUUUGUUUAUAAAAAUGUUGUUGAAUGUGAAAAAACUGUAAAAAUGGGUGCAAAGGAUUCAAAGAGAAGUUGUUUAAGCUAUGAAGAUGCAGUAAAACGAAUGUCCGAUGCAGAACUCAAGAGGGUAUGUGAAGCCUUCAAAAGACUAACAAAUGGUGGGCAGUUCCUGAGCCGCCAUUCGUUCAUUCUGAAUGUGCUUGGGGAUGGUGUGCCUGCAACCAUAGCAGAAUGGCUGUAUUUAGCUUGUGGAGGAACCCCCAGAGGAAUUGGUCUUAAGGAUCUGAUAUGCGGAUUAUUGUUGCUCACAAAAGGCACACAAGAUGAAAAAAUCAAAUUUUUAUGGACUCUCUAUUGUAACGAUUCGGGAACAUACAUUACUAGAACUGAAUUUCAAAAUGCACUCCAAAUUGAAGGUAAGUUACCACCACCAGAUGGCUCGACCAAACCAAAUUUGUCAUGGGAUCGAACCAUCAUCUCCCUUUUCGGAGUAAAUCAGGACAAAGUAACUUUUGAAGACUUCAAAGCUUGGAUCAUCUACAACAAGGAAGCAACAGUUUUGUCCAAAUGGUUGCUUUCAGCUCCUUGUGUGUCGCUCAGUUCUGAAUUGGAAACACCUACUUUCUAUCAAACACUUGCUGGAGUAACACAUCUGGAAGAACAAGAUAUCUGCGAAUUAGAGAAAUGUUUCUGGGCUUUACAAAGUGCUUCGGUUACUGGUCAUCUGGAUUUCAGUUGUUUAAAGUCUCUCGUUUGUCCUCCUGUGCCCCUGAAAGCUUGCAAAGGGUUAUUUCUGGCACUUGAUGUAAAUAGAGAUGAUCAUGUCGAUUUCAAAGAACUUUGUUGUGGCAUAUCUGCUGCUUGUCGGGGACCUUUAGUUGAGAGAAUGAAAUUUUGUUUCAAAAUAUUCGAUAUGGACCGAGACUGUUACUUGAAUUUCGAAGAGGUCCAACAUAUGACACAAACUCUCCUCUUCAUUGCCAAUGAAAACAAAUUGUCAUAUUCCACCCAGAUUUUCCAUGAAGCUCUACAAAGGCGUGAUUCAUCAAAAGAAAAUGCAACAGAACAGCAGUUGCCAGGAAAUUUAGGAACUGAAAUGGUGAAAACUCACCAUUCUACUUUAGAGGGCUUGAAAGACAAAUUGGACAUGAAGGGAGGACUUACACUGGAGGAUUAUUUGGUUUGGAGUGUUGAGNAUUUGACCGAUAGCAUGGUUAUGGGUUGGCUAGAACGAGAAGAACGUCGUGGUUACCAUGUGGGUCAGUUUUGGUAUCUUAUCUCUUCGGAUUGGUGGCAACAGUGGUUGAACUAUACAUCUGCCCCUCGAAACAACUUGGACUUUUGCAAUUGCCGUUGCGAUCCUAGAAUACCUAUUGAAGAAGGUAUUGUUUGUGACGAAAGUCUCAUAAGCAAUACCACUGACUAUACUUCGACUUCAAACGAAUUCAAUUCCAACAGCAUGGAAUCUAUGGGAGAUCUUCUUAGCAGAGGGGACAGUUGCAGCAUUGCUUCUAGCUCUGGUGUAUCGAGCAGUUCUGGUACAGGACCCAAAAGGAGUUUAGGUCAACCAGGCCCAAUAGAUAAUUCUAGUCUAGUAGGAGAACCCAUGUGCAAAGUGCAAACACUGACUGGUGAAGGAGGUCGCUUGAAACGUGACAUUACGUUGGUACAAAGGCGAGAUUUUGAACUGGUUCCGGAUUCUCUGUGGAAAGCCCUUUCUAUGUGGUAUGGUGGUCCACUUCCUCUCCCCAGGCAGGUUAUAAGACCUCCUGGUCACACUGAAGUUGAAUUAGAACUUUACCCCCUCAACUUGAGAAUCUUGAGGCAUAAUCCACAACAAAAUGUUUCUACAGCUUCGUGGAGUAGCGUUGUUGGAAGUUAUGGAGCUGCUGCUCUCAGCACAGCUGGUAUUACACCAAAUGUAAAUGUAGGUACAAGAAGAUACCUUGCACACACUGCUGCCUUCUCUCGUUUAGCAACCAUUCAACAAGUUACAGACUUCCUUUGUCAUCGCCUAAAUCUAAGGCCAGAGGAUGCACGCUUGUGGCUCUUGAAAGAACAUUCAACAAGUUUAUUAGAUGACGAUAACGCAACCUUGCAAGAUUUAGGUAUAGUAGAUGCGGAACAGAUACUGUUAGAGGUUAGGAACAAAGACUUGACAUGGCCUGAAGAGUUGGGGCAGCUGGUAGCAAGUGGAGGUCAUGAUAUAAGCCUAAGCGUUGAAAGGAGGCCCACCAUAUGUUUGCCACCCGGAGCCACGGGUCUGCACAAUCUAGGCAAUACUUGCUUUAUGAAUGCUGCUCUGCAAGCAGUUUCAAAUACAAGACCAUUGACCUUGUAUUUUCAGAGAGAUAACCAACUCUCCGAACUGAACAGCUCUAAUCCUCAUGGUACAAAAGGCGCGGUAGCUAGGAGGUAUGCUGAACUUUGCCGUGAAUUGUGGGCAGGAUCUACUAGAAGCGUAGCUCCUCUUAAGCUUAGAUACUGCCUAACUAAACAUGCUCCUCAUUUGGGAGGAGGAGGUCAGCAUGAUUCACAGGAACUCCUAGCUUGGUUGCUAGAUUCAUUACAUGAAGAUCUGAAUAGGGUGGCCAAAAAGCAGUACACAGAAUUGAAAGAUAGUGGAGGUAGACCUGAUGAAGUGGUUGCUGAAGAAGCAUGGCAACAACAUUUAACGAGAGACCAUUCUAUAAUUACUGAUUUAUUCUAUGGGCAACUGAAAAGCAAGGUUACUUGCCAAACCUGUGGUCACGAGUCUGUCCGUUUUGAUCCUUUCAACCUGUUGAGUUUACCUUUACCUAUGGAAAGUUAUACAUUAUGUGAAGUAUUAGUUUUAAGGUUGAACGGAGAGUGUCCAGUGAAGUAUGGUAUGCGUCUAAAUUCAGAAGCCAGAUAUAUUGACUUGAAGGCCCAGCUUUAUGAAAUAAGCGGUAUAAAAGAGGAGAGGUGGCUCCUGGCCGAAGUGGCCUCAUGUCAAAUACGAAAUACUUUGGUUGAUGAGGCUAAAAUCAAUCCGAAUACUGCAACGGAACUGUAUGCCUAUGAACUGCCAGAUACCAAUGAGAUUAAUCCAAAGACUGAAACCGAAAUUGAAACAGAUAUGGAUAAGGAAGUUUGUGAAAGCCCACUAGCGAGAAGUCCCGAGGUAAGAGCUGGUUCGGCCCUAUGCAUGCCCAACAUUCUAUGCUUCAAGAACAAUAAAUCCAAACAAAUGACUCAAGAACCUAGAUUAAGCAAUAUAUCUUUCAAAAAAAGCUCAAUUUCUAUACAUUCCAAUGCUUCAACUACCUCAGUUUCUUCUAAAUCCAGCCAAAAGUGUCCUUCGUACCUGGUUACCGUGCACAGAAAAUGUGUAAGACAAGAAACAUAUUUUCUUUCGCAACAGAAAAGCAAGCCUAGUCUAUUUGGUAUACCUCUUUUGCUAGGUUUCAGUGAAAAAAGCACUUGUCAAAGUUUGUAUGAAGCUGUUUGGGGCCAAGUCACGAGGUUACUGAGCCCUCUACCUCAAAGUGAUCAAACCAACCAUGCAACUGACUGUGAUGAUUCACUAGGUUAUGAAUUCCCUUUUAUCUUGAAAGCUGUUCUUCAAGGUGGUCAGAUUUGUGCUAUCUGCCACUGGACCCAAUUUUGUCGUGGUUGUACUAUACCUUGUACAGAUGAACUUGUUGUCGACUUGUGUAAUGGUGCUCAAAACAACAUGUGUGUUUCUAUAGAUUGGGAUCCAACAGCUCUCCAUUUACGAUAUCAAAGCAGCAGAGAAAGGUUAUGGCUUGAACAUGAAUCAGUAGCUAUUUGUAGAAAGCUACACACUGAACCUAUCGAUUUGGAUUAUUGCUUGAAAGCUUUCACUUCAGAAGAGAGGCUAGAAGCUAAAUAUCACUGCAGCAAUUGUCAAGAUAAACAACCUGCUACCAAAAAGCUACAGAUCUGGAGGCUACCGCCAAUUCUUAUUAUUCAUCUUAAGCGGUUUGACUACGUUCACACCAAAUGGGUGAAGACACAAAAGGUGGUUAAUUUUCCUUUCAAGAACUUUGAUCCAACAGCCUAUUUAGCUUCUGUACCUCAGGAGACAAUCCUGCGUCACAAACAGCUUCAAGAAAAGAAAGCAAAAGAGUUGGAAAUGUCGCAAGAGAGUCUGCCAGAACGAAUUCUAGAGGAGAUUGAAUGUGGUAGUUCGAACAAGGAAAAAGAGAGAUCAGUGAGUAGCAAUUCUCCAAAUGGAUCUACAGAACAGUGUAAACUUCUGAACAAAAGUGAUAGUAAAGUUUCCAAUAAAAAUAAAGUUAGUGAUAAAGUGGAUAAAGUUCGUGGUAGAUUGGAAUCGACAAGUUUAUUGAAAACACCCAUAAUCGAUGAACAUUUGAAAGAUUAUCACCAGCAUCAAUUAUUACCAGGGCAAGAUAAGUUUGAUUUGAAGUAUCAGCUCUAUGCAGUUGUGAGCCAUUCUGGACUGAUGAAUGGGGGUCAUUACAUCUCCUACGCCUGCAAUCCAAAUGGACAUUGGUACUGCUACAAUGACAGCUCCUGUCGUGAAAUUAUAACAGACUCUGAUACAAACACACAUAAAUCCAUAUCAUCUACGAAUUCCAAAAGCUCUGGUUGUACUCCAUUGAGCAGGAGAAAAAUCAUGGCAAGAAAACUAAGCACUGGCAGCAAUACUUCUGAUGAACAAGAUAAAAAAGAUAAAACCCCUUCAAUUGGAACUUUUGAAACUUUAGCGACAGCUGCUUCAACGGAAACUUUGGACAGCUCACAUUCUAACUCAGCCAAUUCAAUCGACAAACUUGGAAUUGCUUCCGAUAUGAUCAAUGAAAAACUUUUAAAAGAUUCCCCAUAUUCAAGCAGGAAGUCUCUGAAUAGCUACAAAUGCCCAUACACAGAAGUCAAGGUUCCGAAAAUAGACACUAGUUCAGCGUAUAUCUUAUUUUAUGAGCGAUCCGGGCUUGAUUAUCAACCAUACUUACCUAAAGUGAUACCGAAUGGAAAACAAGUGCCUAUAGAAGAUUAUGAUGAGAGCGAAUCAGAAAUGAAAAAACAAUUGUGUACUAUACAGUAAUGAAUAGGUUUCUUUUUGUAAAUGGGUUUGUUGUUAAUUUUUGUAUUGAUGAAUGAUUUUUUGUGUGUGUUCUUCAGAUACACUCCUUUAAGCGUUUUCCAAGCAAGUUCCAUAUAUUUUUAUUUCUUAUUUUUGAAAUAAUACCUGUACUGACUUGAAAUUUUGAAUGUAAACUCGAAAUUAGGACUUCUAAUGUUGAAAUUUUGAUUUAUCAAACCAAAAUUUCUGCUUUUGUUGUCUGAAACAGGAAAUUAAUAUGUAUGGUGCUUUCUAAAGUAAGGAGUUUUCUGAAAAUAUUGAAUCUUUAAGGAGUUUCAUGUAUUGAAAAAUCUUUUUCAUAUUUUCUCUACAAAAGAUUAUAUCUUGUUUGAUAUUAGUAGGUUUAAUUUUCACUUUCAUAUGGCAAUAACCAAGUUUGUGGCACAUGAAAUAAUUGGUUACAUUCUGUAUCUAACAUGUGAUUUUUUGAAAGAAAGUUGUAGGUCACAUAUCCUUUUUAUGCAUUCCAAUGGUAACUUGUCUUAAAUAAAUAGUAUGUUUUAUUAUGCUAUCAUCUGAAACAAAACCAUUAAUUAGUUUUGGAAAUACUUCUGAGAUUUUUCGUGUAUAUCUUUCUUCAGUUGGAAAGGCUAAGCUACAUUAUUCAUGAAUAGUUUUUGUCUUAUCACAAUUUACUAAGAACCAUGAAUCUAUAGGUAACAACUUGACCUUUUUAUACACCCAAUUUAUACCUCUUCAAAGCAUUCAUCCAAAUUUUUAUAAAUGUUUUGCGGAGUUCUAUUUUUGCUAGGAACGUCUAAAACUACGGUAGGAAAAAAUACAUUUUUCAAAAAUUUAAUAUGCAGAAAGAUUAUGAAAUGAUGGACUCAAACCUGUUAUUUGCGGUGGUUGUAUCGAAAAAGAUUCAAAAUAACACUUCAGGUUAGGUCAAGUUAAUUAAAAUGCACAUUAUAUCUCCUUUCUUAUUUCAGAUAAUAAAUUUUGAAUCUGAAAUCAUAAAAUUUGAUCACUUCCCAAAAGUAAUACAAUUCAGAAGUCGUGGAUUAAAUUUUCAUAUCCAACAAAAAACAAAUCAAUCAUCUAGACUCAUUAAUACCAAUCGGACUAUAGUCUUGUAGUGAAUGUUGGUGAAAUUGGCCUAUUUUCCUUUGAUGAUAACACAAAAAAUGAUUCAAUCCGAUUAUAACUUGAAUAUUGAUUUGUUUUUUCUUCAGGUUAUUUUCAUUGGAAAACAAAAUCAAAUUUAUUGAUACUUUCUGUGCUACAAUAUGUAAUAUAUAUUAGAUCUUUAUUCUAUUUUGAUUUGUUAAAAGUUAGUAUUAUUAAGUUAUUGAAGAUCUAAUUUAUUUAUAUAUGUAUCCUCAUAACUGAAAACUGAUAUAUUGUGAUUCAAGUCUAGUUGAAACAUAAAUGCCUAAUCUUGAAAAAAAAACUGUAAUUUUUCAAAAUGCUUGUAGAAACUGUUUAUUUUACUUAGGAAUACCAAAGAUAUUUUUUUAAAUUCUUAAUUUUUUACACACAAUUUGUAGUGUCAAAAUAUUUAUUGUAAGUUGUGUAUGUAUAUUUCUGCUAGUCUGAUAUUUUAAUUCCAUUAUUUUUUAAAUAUUUUAACCUGUUAUAAUGACACGAAUUACUACAUUUAUGAAUAUGUAUAUGUUAUAUACAGUUGUAUGGUGCCAUUACAUAAAUAAAAGCUUGUAUAUUGUU